CUUCAUACACCCCCUCCCUCUCUUUUGCAAACACACCACACACACACACACACACACACGGGAUUUGAAACCAUGCACCCACUAAGUGGAGGAUAGUAACCACCCAGCUCACAUCAGAUGUGAGAGAACGGCAGAGGAAGAACACGCAUCCUCAUUUAGUCUGUCUCCUGAUUUUUUAACUGAAUUGUUUUUUUAAUCUACCAGGGACCAGGGGCAGAUUCUACAGGACUUUUCACCAUGACUUUUAAAGGAGGGACAUGUGCCUUACUGCUCAUUGUGGCCUGUGCAGCCUUGGCGAAGCCCAAAUAUAAGGUGCCAGAAAAACUUGACUUACAGCACAUGGUCAAAAGACUGAUGAUGAGGUGCCAGAAUAAGGGAUACCAUGUGCCAAUGAUGAUGCUGCAGAACUCUAUUUUCAAUUAUAGUGGUUUGCCAAAGGAGGACACAUCUGAUGACUCAUCCAACACCAACCUUUCCACUUUUCUUGAUGAUCUGAAAUUAGCCAUUGAGGGCACAAUCAAAGAUUCGGUUAGAGUCCACAUGGCUGACUCCGAUCAAAUGACAAACAACAUGUGGAAUUGCACCACUCUUCGAAAAAUGAUCAGGCUGAUGUGGAAUUCUUCUGAGGCAUCUGCAUGUUACAUGCAAGCAGUUGUGGCCCCUCUGUCCUGGAAGACUUUGACCAUGCAGGGUGAAAACAGUAUAAACCCAGACCACUAUGACACGCUGCUGUGGGCUGCCAGACCUGCAAUGCAGGAUUUGUCUUCUUCAAGAAUGAACCUUCCGACCAAAGUGGAGGCUCAGUACAUGGAAAAGAUGAUGAUGAUGCUGAGGGAGGUGCACUACACCAUGUCUCUGGGUCAAAGAGCUCGGGUGGCAAAAUGGGCAAAAGAGCAGAUCGCUCAGAAAUACUUCAACUGUACUUUGACGCCACCAUCAGACUCAAGUUCAAGAGAAGAGUCGAACACAUCCGUACCUGUGGAGCGCUGCAAACCUUCACUGAAAUGGCUGAACUUGAAAGCGAUGACCACAAUGGGACCGUACCUCUCUGGUUUAGCACCAGGCGACGUCGAUUCUUCUGAGAAGCUGUGUGAAUUUUUCCUGUCAGGACAACUCAAAUCCACCAUGAGCAGGGUGACAAACAUGAAACCCAGCCUGAGCAAGAUGUUUCUCCAAAAGAUUCAGGAGUGCUUCAAUGGAAGGGAGGAGUUUGCGGAGCAUGUGGACAAGCUCGGCCCACUGGCGUGUUAUUACGAUGCUCCAAAAUUGCCUCCUGGCCUCAGCAAGAAGCUCCUCUCUCAACUUGCCAACUGCGACAACCCCAGAAUCACACAGCUGAAGAAGCGCCUUGUCACGUCUGUGAUGGCCAAUUCCAUCACGGCGGAAGCACUACGUGAGCUUGGCAGCAGUGUCACCCUGUUGUCUCUUAAGCAACUGUCCUCACUCUCUGCCACCAAUCUCAAAGGCUUUCUCCAAAACCUGGGACCCGAGGCCCAGUGGUCAAAGAGCCAGCAGCGCAUUCUGGUCAAUAAACAGCUGGAGCUCAAAAAGUGUAAAGUGGUUUCAGGUAAGGACCUGAUCGACCUUCAGUCAGUCGCAGAAGGUUUGCCGAGCUGUGUGCUCAAGCACGCCAAAGCCCAGGAGAUCCUGGACGAUCCAGAGGCUCUGAAGAACAUCUCCAAGCGGAUGGGGAGGGGAAAGCUGAAGGCCAUGCUGCAUGGGCUUCGGAAUGUGAAUCCCCCGGAGCUGGUGCAGAAGUUGUCUGGCCCUUUGUUUCGCACAAUUUCUCUAAACCGCCUGAAAAAAGCCAACAUCACCUCUUUGGACCAGGUGGAGGAUAAACCAUUGACUCUGACACAGGCAGCAUACGUGGCAAAAAAGAUGCAAGACCUUAAUCGGUUUAAGUAUAGGGGGCUGCGUUCAGUCAUUCAGGGUAUAACCUGUAAGAUGAUUGACAAAAUUGAGGACAAAAAAGACACAUGGGACAUGGCUCUGGCCAUAACAGAGACGCCACGGUGGCUAUCCAAAGUGCAGGCAGGAUGUGCUGCCCAAAAGCUUUUUGCGACUCUGGAGAAAGAGAGAGCCGACUAUUUCAAAACCAUCACAGAUGAGGAGCUGGAUAAGAUUCCUACGUUCUUACUUCUUCACCUGCCGCCUUCCAAGGUGAUGGACUUGCCUGACGCGGUGUGUCCCGUGUUCCUCGACAAAAUGGAAGCGGCCAACCUGAGUUCGUUGCCUCUCCGUGCCCCGUCUCGCCCUGCUGUUGUCCAGAAGGCACUGCAGUGUCUGGCAAAUGGGGAAGAUCUGUCCAAACUUACCACUGAGGACGUGUCCAGGCUCGGAGAGCUCUUGUGUGAGCUGCCUGCCUCCCAACUGCGCCCCAUGAGCCUUGAUGUCCUCCGCUACAGCCUGCUCACCAUGGCUUCCUGUUCGCGCAUUCCUAAAGGCCACCGGGCAAAUCUUGUCCAACUGGUCAAUGAGACUUUUGGGAAUCCAUCUGAUUGGUCCGCAGAGACUAUGGAAGGAGUGGGUCCUCUCCUCUUUUGGGACAACAAUGCCACAGCUGCCCUGCCCAAUAAGCCUUGGAUGAAGGAUGUUCUCCAUUUUCUGAGGUCACGCCUUCCCCGCGUCUCAGAUGCACUGAAGAAGAAAUUAUUCGAUCUCACCACCAAUCCCACAGCAUCAAAUGCAGAACGUAGAAAGCGAGCAGCUGACAUUAACACCAGCGGAAAAAAUGGAGUACCCACUGUGGAGUUGAUCCAAGAACUGGAAAGUGACAAUGUCGACUGGACAGCUGCACAGCUGGAAACGAUGUCAACAGAAACCUUCCGUGCUUCUGUGGAUAUACUUGGGCCCAUCGCUGGCUACAAUGCAGACCAACUGGCCGUGCUCAGUAAAAAAGCCACCGAGGCCUUUGGCCCAGUGUCUCAGAUGACUGAGAGUGCGGUGAUGCAGAUGGGAUGUAUAACCCAGGGCUUCUCUCACAAAGACCUAGAGAGGCUGCCCUUCUCCCUGGACGCCAUGGAGGAUAUUGCCCACUGUGGCUGGGACGAGUCACAGAUGACGCCAGUGUGGAAGGGGGUUGCUAAAUACAACAACCUGACGGCGCAGCAGCUGGGAGCUGCAGAGAUGGUCGCACUGAACCAGUUCAUCUGUGGCCUCACCUCCGUCGAGAUCCAACAGCUGGACAUGGAAGCUUUCAAGGAUGCUGUGGGCUCAAUGUACGGUGUCCAGUGCCCCUAUGAGGUCGCACAGCAGUUUAAAAGUCUUGCUGUGUCAGCGUUUGAAGACCCCAGCACCUGGACUGAGGCGCGAGUGUCCGACUUAGGCAACAUAAUCGCUGGGUUGAAUGCACCUGAGUUGGCGUCUCUGAACCCGUCUGUCGGUCCGUUUCUCUGCGCCACCUGCAUACCGCUCAUACCAACAGGCAACUUUGCUGCACUUUCUGUCGCUCAGCUCGAGGCUCUUGGUCCUGACAACGCUGCCGUGGUGACCACUGAACAGAAAGCUGUGCUUGGAACUGAUCAACUGGCCGCUCUCGACAGGGCCGAGACCGGAACUCGUCUGCAAACACCAAAACCCGCAGCAAUCACCCCAGGCCAGUCGGGAGCUCCGUCACUGACCGUGGAGGGGAUCUCGGCCUUCAUGAAGCCUGUUCUGUUUUUCCUCAUAGGGUUCCUGUUGCUGUGAGACCAGAGUCACAAGUCACCUAAAAGCAAAACGUGCAGCAGCUUCAGUUAAUCACAAACGCUAUCGAUUUAGAUCACAUCAUUUUAUCAUAGAUCACUUGUAACUGCAUUGCAAUUCUUCCAAGUUAAUCUUAUUGUUGAUGAAGUAGAUUGAUUGUCUGAGAUAAUUUGUCACUAGGCCAACACCAGGCCAACAUAAACAAAUGGCCUGGUGUUUAGUUUAAGGAUUCUAUAUUGUUAUUUUAUUUCCAUCAAGUUUAAAGUUAAAUAUUAAAGCUCUACAUAUUUAUGAGAAAGUAUAUUUUAAUAGAAUUAAGAGAAAUAUUUAAUGUUUGUCAGUCUGGGGAUCUUCAUAAGAGCUGACAACUUGGAGGAUGAUAAUCAUGAAUCAACUUACUGUUGAAAUGGUGUUUGCAGACCAAGAAAAAAGUUGAAACAA